AUGCUCUCCCCCAUCCUUGAGAAGCUGACUGACGACCCCGAGGUCAAGUCCGGCAGUGGCUUGUCCCUCGACCUCGUCACGAUUGACACGGACACAGAGGUUGAGCUCGCUCAAGAAUAUAACGUGAGCUCUCUCCCAACUGUGAUGGCAUUCAAGGAUGGCAAGCCAGUCAACCGCUUCAUCGGUGCUUUACCGGAACCCCAAGUUCGCGCGUUCCUGCAAGUGGUUUGA